AUGCAUAACCAAUUUAGAAAAAAGGAACAUAUAAGGAACCCUUUAUUUUGUGCCGCUGCUGGUAUUGGGGCUGGGUUAGAAAUGGGACCUUGGGGGCGAAUUGGCCCUGGGAAU